CUGAACGUUAAGGUUAAAGACAGUGACAUCAAACUCAGAGGUCUCGUGUUCAUACCGGACAGAGUCAAACCGGUCACUCCAGAAAACGACGUGGCUCCUCUUGUUAGAAUGUAUGGAAGAGAAGAGAUCAAAAAUAACCAAACUGAUCAACCUGAUCUCCCUAUUGGUCAACCAAUGAAGGAUGCUGCUGUUGUCACUACUGACUCGGAGAUUAAUGAAUAUGCUCAAGCUUUAACAUUAAUGCAACAUAUGAGCAAUGGCGCGGUUCAAGCUAAGGAAGCUACGCCUGAGAAAGAUGAAGUGAUGGAAGAAGCCGCUACUAGGUUAGUGGAGUUCUUUUCAAAUCCAGUAAGGAACAGUGUGACUGCUCAAGCACCAAGUCCUGUCGUGGUUCAGAAAG